UGCUUCAAGCUCGGGUCGACACCAACAAGAAAUUCACAAAUCUUUUGAUCUCAGUCCAGUCCUUCGAUGUUUCCUUCAACCCUAAUUGGCUUAGGUGACCCUGCUAAUAUUCCAGUGGGAUUUCAGAACAACUCUGACAAUGAGAUUGGAAGUGGAUGCAUUGGGAAGGAAACGAAAAAGAGAUGCUUUAUGGAGAUGAGAAGAUGUGAUAUUAGUAGAGAUGUGGAUUUGGAACUUAGAUUGUCACCACCGGGAGUGAGUUUCUGGGGCAAAUCAUCAAAAACUUCACCAUUAUCAUCUCAAGAAACAACCACAUCGUUGGACUUGAACUCGAGCGACUAUUUUGAUAAUAGCUUUAUUCUUGAAGUACCAUCAUUAUGUUUGAUGGGAUGUACCCUUUGCUUAAUCUAUGUGAUGGUGUCUGAAGCAGAUCCCAAAUGCCCAAAAUGCAAACGAUCCUCUUUGAUAUAUAUGUUUCGAGAUAACCUAUCAAAGAGAUGUAGGAAGAGCCAUCUCUAGGUGUUCUUAUUUUCUUAAAUACCGCUGGAAUUGUUUGCUUCAUCUGCAGUGGUUUUUCUUGUUUUUUUAUUCCAAGGGUAAUUCCGUCUUAGAAGACUACCGAUGCAAAAGAAUUGAAAAUUUUCAUA